ACAGCACGAGUCGGCAAACACGCGGCUCGAACCAAAGGAAACGGACUUCCAAACUCGAAAAUGACCAUGGGGAUGCGAUCUUUUUUUAGUUUUUUGGCGUUUGCCACGACCGCUGCGGCAAUCCAGGAGCUCGAUGAAGCCUCUUUCGACCAGCUCAUGGGAUCCGGAAAGAAUGGCAUGAUUAAAUUCUUUCAGCCGUGGUGCGGACACUGCACGCGUAUGAAGCCCGACUGGGACAAACUAGCGGAGGAAGCCCACAGUUCCGUCUUUAUCGCUGACGUUAAUUGCUCCGACCAAGCCGAGUUGUGUGAGAAAAACGAUGUGGCUGGUUACCCAACCAUUAAGGUUUACAAGGAUGGCGUGGACGAAAAGUACAAUGGCGCUCGUGGGUUCGACGAUCUCAUGGACUAUGUCGACGCCAAUCUCGCCUCGAAAUGCGACGUAUCUAAGUUAGAGGAAACCUGCGGGGAAAAGGCAGUCAAGUACGCCAACAAGUGGAAGGAUCGUGAAGCAGCCGAUGUCACGAAGGAAUUUUCCCGGCUGGAAGGCAUGGCUGGAAAGAGUAUGACAAUGGAGCUCAAAGCCUGGUUGAGAGAACGGAUGGCAAUUUUAAAGCAACUUACGGCCUCCGCCUCGAGUUAAAAUAAAGACGGUUUCCAUGCAAAUAGUCUGAUGAGAAAGCAGUAGAUAUUCCGUUUCCAGUU